CUAGCUGAAUUGUUGUCAUAUCGAGAUCUGCUUCCCGCAAAUCUGGGCAGUGUCUUAUGCAGUGUUUGGACUCCAAACCAUUGAAGUCGCUAAGCAAUCUAGUGUUCGUAAAUUGCUGCCGCGGCAGAGCUAACUCGCCUAAAACAUCCUGCUUUCUUGCUUUCUCUCAUUCGUAUUGCCAGUUUUGUGUAGUCACUGUUUGUCGAUGCGCUAAAAAUGCACGGUCGACCUCGCAAAGCCUUGGAACCAGUUGAUGCUGCAGCUCAAUCGGCCAAAACUGAAAAGCUUCGUUUGCUGCAGUCUCAGUUUCUCGCAAAUCACCAUAAUCGCAUAUAUAGUAAGGAAGCUCUAGAGAUAAGCGUUAGGUUACUUGAGAUUAAUCCUGAAUCAUAUACGGCAUGGAAUUACAGAAAGCUUGCCGUCGAACACCUCGUCUCUCAAUCCGAGUCAAAUCCUGACACCAUCAAGUCCAUUUUCGACGAGGAACUCAAAGUGGUAGAGAGUGCACUGCGGCAGAAUUUCAAAUCCUAUGGGGCAUGGCAUCAUCGCAAAUGGGUACUAAGCAAGGGUUAUUCAUCAAUAGACAAUGAAUUACGCCUGCUGGAUCGUUUCCAGAAGGCUGAUCCUCGAAAUUUCCAUGCGUGGAAUUACCGAAGAUUCGUUUGUGCACUAAUGAAAAGGUCAGACGAGGACGAGUUAAAUUACACUGAGAAAAUGAUAGGAACAAACUUUAGCAAUUACUCUGCAUGGCACAAUCGUAGUGUUCUUCUGUCUAAUUUGAUGAAAAGAGAGGUUGAAGGACAUUUCCCUAAAGAGAAGGUUUUAGAGGAGGAAUAUAAUCUGGUCCAGAAUGCUCUCUUCACUGAUCCCGAUGACCAGAGUGGUUGGUUUUAUCAUCUUUGGCUUAUUGACCAAACAGUGAAAUCUGAUGCUCCCGUCCUUGUAUCAUCUUGGCCUUUCCCUGGAUCCCAUAUCACUCUUAAGGGAAACAAGUGCCUUCAUGAUCAUGGUUCAUCUAUUUCAUAUCCUUCGCUGUUGGACACAGGAAUAAUCCCUCUCAUUCUUUGUUUCAAUCAAGCUGUUGAAGGCAUCGAAUCAUCCACUGUGGCUGUUAAAUCUGAACUUGGUAUAGUUGAGGAUCUUAUUUGGAAAUCGCUUUCAACAAACAGCUUAAAUACUGCUCAAGUUUGGGUUACGUAUCUAAACCUUAGAAAUUUGAAGCUUCAAAUGUCAAGAUCUUACCUUAUAGAAAUCAGCAUUGGACAUUCUGAGGGUAUUAUGUCUUCAAGUGGUUAUCAUUAUAGCCGUCCUUCAGAAAUUUCCUUUAAAUUGUUUGUGGAGACUGCUUUCACAGAACCUGCUGAAGACCAGGUUGGAAAAAUGAUUUCGUGGGAGAAUGAUAAUUUCCAAAAAAUUGAGCACUUUCAGGAAGCAGAUUUCAUUAUGUCUGAUCGUAUAAUUACUGGCAAUGACUAUAUCCCAGCAAUAUCCAAUUGGUGUGCAGAGACUAUUGGUAAUGAAAUAAAUUCGUUUCGAGUUUUAUUGUCUGAGAGUGACUGUAAAAUCGGGAAGCUUACCCUUGCAAGAUUGUUGACUGCUUAUGAUUCAAUAUCAUCUGCACAUGAUAAAGGAAUGGUUCACUCUGAAGAGAUUCUUGAACUUUAUGCUGACCUGUUGAAGUUCGAUCCAACUCAUUCUUCUUACUACAAGGAUGAACGUAGCCUCGUAUUACUGAGGCAGGUUCUGCAGAUAACUUCAACUAGGGAGUCUUUGCUACAAUACUGCCAUCAUGACAGAAACAGUAUAGAGACUAAUGAUGGUUAUGUGUGUUUACGCCUACAAAAUUUAUCACUGUCACGGAUGGGUUCCAUUGAAAGCUUAUUGUGGGUGCAAAUGCUAGACCUCGGCCACAACGAACUCAAAUCAAUUGAAGGUUUAGAGGCAAUGCAACUUCUUGCUUGCUUAAAUUUGGGUCACAACAAAAUUGGCACUUUUACUGCUCUUGGACCUCUUAGACUGCUGAAGUCACUAAAAGUGCUAAAUAUCACGCAUAAUGAGAUAGGAUCACGCUCUGUUGACACAACUCGAUACCUAUGCUCUUCUCCAUUGUCGCAUACAGAAGAAUUUGAUUGCGAUCUUUUUGAAAGCCUUAGUGGCGACGUCAGUGCCCCAAGUAUGUGGGAAGCUUUCCUGGUAUUUAAAAGCUUGAACUUGAAACAGUUGGACAUAACAGGAAAUGCUUUUGCUGGUGAUAAUAAGAUCAGGUCAUUUCUGGUCAAACUAUUGCCUACUCUGAAAUGGCUGGAUGGUGAAGCAUUGCCUUGAUUGUAGGUUUUAUCUUUGUUAAACGAUGUGACUUGGGCUUUUUCUCUUUCUUUUUUGGUACAACUGACUAGGGCAUUUUCAUCAAAGAUCACUAGCUAUUGCACGCUUCGUCCUCGCAUUCUAUGUGAGGGCCCAUUUCCUGAUUAAUUUCCAAUGAAAGUUCCAUUUCGUACUAGUUUACUCCUUUUUCUUCUUUUCAUCAAAUGUACUGGCAUUCCCAAAAUAUUGAUCAGUUUAUCUUGGAUCCUCGCAAUAUUUUAAACAACAAA